AUGUCUACUGUAUUACUUUCAAAUGUUGCAACCACAACUACCUCUGAACAACUAAGGCAAUUUGUUGAAUUCUGUGGCAAAAUCGAUACCAUUGAUAAGAUAAAUGAUGACACCUAUAAAAUUGUCUUUGUUGCUCCUGAGGCCUCUGAAACCGCUCUACUAUUAAACGGUGUUGUUCUUGAGGGAAAACCUGUUUCAGUAUCUGUAUCUUCUCCAAUUCAAAAAGAUAACACUGCUAAUAAUAAUAACAAUGAUAAUCUCGAUAACAGUAAUGUUCCUCAUUCUUUAACAACUUCCUCAAUUCAUCCCGAUGCUACCACUGUUUCCUUAGCUUCUCAAGUUCCCUUGCAAGAUUCUUCUAAAUCAGUUUCCAACAAUAACUCACAGGCCACAGAAACUCCAACUACUGAUAUUGCUCAAGAAUACAAACCCAAGAGUACCAUCUUUGCCGAAUAUUUAUCUAAUGGUUACGUUUUAGGUGAUCAAGCCUUACAAAAAGCUAUUCAAUAUGACUCUCAAAAGGGUUAUUCCACUAAAUUUAGAAAUUUCUUGUCAAAUUUAGAUUCGAGAUACCAUGUUCAAGAUAAAUUCACCCAAGAAAGAACAAAAGCUAUUACAUCUGCCGAAAAUGCUCAUUUAUUUGAAAAAAAAUCAAAACUUGAUUUAACUUUUGAAAAAUAUUUUACCAGAGCAAAAUCAACCACUUAUGGUUCAAGAUUACACGACUUUUAUUUAAAAGGUGUUAGUGAUAUUAAAGAUAUCCAUGAAGAAGCAAAAAGAUUGGCUCAAAUAAAAUCUGCAAAAAAUCAAUAA